UCACACGUUUUGUCUUAGUAAAUGGUGAUGUUGUUUGUUUACCAAACUGCCUUCAUCUCAUUCUGCUGUGGAAGCUAUACAAAAGUUUAGUCCAAUUCAAAGCUUACCCCUUCCUCUUCUUGGUAUGUAUAUUUGUCUUCCUCUCUUUUCUUGAAAUCAAAUCCAAAUGUUCAUUUAGUAAUCUCAAUCUUCUUAUCUGAACAAAGGGUAUUGUUGCUGUGUUCGUGAUUGAUUUGAUUUCUGCUUAGAUUUUAUGAUGAAUGAACACUAUGGGAAUUCAAGGGCAAGCUCCUCAAGCUCGAUUUCCAGUGCUAGUUUGAAUAGCAAUUCAUUGGGUACGGAGGAUGAUCAUACUAUUGCUAAGAUAUUAGCUGAGGAGGAAAAUGCUUUGCAGCACAUGGGCAAGCUUGGAAAGAGGCUUUCUCAUCUAGACUCAAUUCCGCACACCCCAAGGGUAAUUGGAGAGAUACCUGAUACAAAUGAUGCCACAUUAGACCACUCAAGGCUCUCUGGCAGGUUGGCAACAUAUGGUCUUACUGAAAUUCAAAUUCAGGGAGAUGGGAAUUGCCAGUUCCGAGCCCUUUCAGAUCAGCUUUAUAGAAAUCAAGAUUACCACAAGUAUGUAAGAAAGCAGGUUGUCAAACAGCUAAAACAUUACAGAAAGCUAUAUGAAGGUUACGUUCCAAUGAAGUAUAAAAGCUACUUGAAGAAGAUGAAGAGAACAGGGGAAUGGGGAGAUCAUGUUACUCUCCAAGCUGCAGCAGAUCGAUUUGGAGCUAAAAUAUGUUUAGUAACUUCCUUUCGAGACACCUGUUACAUUGAGAUCCUUCCCAAGGACACCCAACCUUCUAAAGAAUUCUGGCUGAGCUUUUGGAGCGAGGUACACUACAAUUCAUUAUAUGAAACUGGAGAGGUUCAAACCAGAAUCCAGCGAAAGAAGCAUUGGCUUUUUUAGAGCAGCCAGAGUGUAGCUGUUGAGUCUAAUAUAUAUGUGGUUUUCGACGAUUUAUUUACUUUGAGGAAGCAAUGGGUUGUAGUGAUUAUACCAUAAAAUGCCUUGUAUAUAAUACUACAGAACAAUAACAAAUAGCUAACAGCCCCCCCUCAUAGCUACAGACUUGGCUGAGAAAAACUAGUGCAAAAAAUGUUCAUUUGCAGAUUCUUGAAAGCCACUUUCAUCUUCUGUUCCUUUGGGUACAAAAUUGUGUCAUAUAUUCAUUUAUAUUUUAGUGGAGAGGUUAUGCAGAAAUGAAUGCAUGCGUACAUACAUAUAUGUAUGUAUGUAUGUAUGAUUGAUUC